UUUGUUCUCUCUGCUUGAUCUUUCUUGUAGUUUAUGAUGUUACCUUUUAUUCUGCAGGCAUUGGUUGCUUUGAAAAGGGGUUCUCAAUUACUUAAAUAUGGUCGUAAGGGAAAGCCCAAGUUUUGUCCAUUUAGACUUUCCAAUGAUGAAUCAACUUUAAUCUGGAUUUCUAGUAGUGAAGAAAGACGUCUGAAGCUGUCUUCUGUCUCAAGAAUUAUUCCUGGGCAAAGAACUGCUGUUUUUCAACGUUACCUGCGUCCUGUGAAGGACUAUUUAUCUUUUUCACUAAUUUAUAAUAACGGAAAGCGGUCCCUUGAUUUGAUUUGCAAAGAUAAAGUUGAGGCAGAGGCGUGGAUUGCUGGUCUUAAAGCACUGAUAACUUCUGGUCGAGGUGGUCGAUCCAAAAUUGAUGGAUGGAGUGAUGGUGGCCUCAAUUUUGAUGAUAGUAGAGAUCUGACAUCAAAUAGUGCAAGUGAAAGUUCAGCGAGUACUUCCCUAGACAUCAGUUCUCCUGACAUUCCUGUGAGUCUUCUGAACACUUCACCAAAGACAUUCCGACCUGACAAUACCCUGAAUUCUGAGAAAUCACAUGCACCAUCAGACCCAAUAAAUAUGCAAGUAAAAGGAUCUAGUUCAGAUACUUUUCGUGUUAGUGUUUCAAGUGCUCCUAGCACAUCCAGUCAUGGAUCUGCACCAGAUGACUAUGAAGCUCUAGGGGAUGUAUACAUAUGGGGUGAGGUUAUCUGUGAAAACGUUGUGAAAGUUGGUGCUGAUAAAAGUAUCAAUUAUUUCAGCCCGAGAGCAGAUGUGCUUCUACCAAGACCACUUGAAUCCAAUGUAGUUUUAGAUGUGCAUCAUAUAGCAUGUGGCGUUAGACAUGCUUCUCUAGUCACCAGACAAGGUGAAGUUUUUACAUGGGGAGAAGAAUCAGGAGGACGCCUUGGCCAUGGUGUUGGGAAGAACGUGGUUCAACCUCGCCUUGUCGAAGCGUUAGCUUCUACAACCAUUGAUUUUGUUGCCUGUGGAGAGUUCCAUUCUUGUGCUGUAACAAUGGCCGGGGAACUAUAUACAUGGGGUGAUGGUACUCAUAAUGCUGGGCUUCUUGGUCAUGGCACUGAUGUUAGUCAUUGGAUACCAAAGAGGAUUGCUGGUCCAUUAGAGGGACUUCAAGUUGCUUUCGUCGCUUGUGGUCCAUGGCACACGGCCUUGAUAACUUCUACUGGGCAACUCUUUACGUUUGGUGAUGGAACAUUCGGUGUGUUGGGCCAUGGAGACAGGGAAAAUGUUUCAUAUCCUAGAGAAGUAGACUCCUUAUCAGGGUUGAGGACCAUAGCUGUUGCAUGUGGAGUGUGGCAUACUGCAGCAGUUGUAGAGGUUAUUGUGACACAAUCCAGUUCGAGUAUAUCAUCUGGUAAAUUGUUUACUUGGGGUGAUGGAGACAAAAAUCGCCUCGGACAUGGGGAUAAGGAGGCACGACUUAAACCAACUUGUGUUUCUGCGCUUAUCGACUACAAUUUUCAUAAAAUUGCAUGCGGGCACAGUUUGACUGUGGGUCUGACAACAUCUGGACGUGUUUUUACGAUGGGAAGCACUGUUUAUGGUCAGCUUGGGAAUCCCCAGUCUGAUGGGAAGCUUCCAUGCUUGGUCGAAGACAAGAUUUCCGUGGAAUCGAUUGAUGAAAUUGCAUGUGGUGCAUAUCAUGUUGCCGUUUUAACAUCAAAAAAUGAAGUUUUUACUUGGGGGAAGGGUGCAAAUGGGAGAUUGGGUCAUGGAGAUGUCGAAGAUCGAAAAAUACCUACUUUGGUUGAAGCAUUGAAGGAUAGACAUGUGAAAUAUAUUGCAUGUGGUUCAAACUACUCCGCUGCCAUAUGCCUUCAUAAGUGGGUAUCCGGUGCCGAGCAGUCUCAAUGCUCGGCUUGUAGACAGGCAUUUGGGUUCACUAGAAAGAGGCACAAUUGUUAUAAUUGUGGACUUGUACAUUGCCAUUCAUGCAGCUCACGGAAAGCAUUAAGGGCGGCCUUGGCUCCAAAUCCCGGCAAGCCUUAUCGAGUUUGUGAUUCUUGUUUUGCAAAACUGAACAAGGUUGCAGAAGCUAGCAACAGUAACCGGAGAAAUACUCUGCCUCGUCUGUCAGGUGAAAACAAAGACAGGUUGGAAAAAUCAGACCUGAAAUUGUCAAAAGCACUGGUUCCUUCCAAUAUGGAUUUGAUAAAGCAGCUAGAUAGUAAGGCAGCCAAACAAGGGAAGAAAGCAGAUACGUUCUCGCUUGUUCGCACCUCACAAGCACCUUCAUUGCUACAGUUGAAAGAUGUUGUCUUGGCAACUGCUGUUGAUCUGAAGCGUACAGCUCCUAGACCGGUGGUUGCACCUUCUGGAGUAAGUUCCAGGUCUGUGUCACCUUUCUCUAGAAGACCAAGCCCCCCUCGAUCGGCUACACCUAUUCCAACAACAUCGGGACUUUCCUUCUCCAAGAGCAUUGCUGAUAGUUUGAAGAAAACAAAUGAACUUUUAAAUCAGGAAGUGCAAAAGUUACGUUCUCAGGUUGAAAGCCUGAAACAGAGAUGUGAAUUGCAAGAAUUAGAGCUUCAGCGGUCAAACAAAAAGACUCAAGAUGCUAUGGCAAUGGCUGCUGAGGAAUCUGCUAAAUGUAAAGCUGCAAAAGAAGUUAUAAAGUCACUUACGGCACAGCUCAAAGGUUUUGCUGAGAAGCUCCCACCUGGAGCUUACGAUGCCGAGAACAUCAAACCGGCUUACCUACCAAACAGUAUUGAGCCAAAUGGUAUCCACCUUCCAGAUUCAAAUGGUGGGCACCACUCGAGGGCCGAAUCAAUCAGUGGCUCUAGUUUGGCCUCUACAGCAUUCGAAUCCUCUCUGCUCAAUAGAACUGUGGGGAACUUUCCAGGAACCUAUGGAUCUACUCUGGACCAGCAAAACCGAGCCAGUGUGACGUCCAAUGGUUCAGACAACUAUCCAGAUGCUAGAUUGUCAAAUGGUGGCGGCAGCAUGUCUGAUACUGUUGACGGGAGGGAUUCGGGGAAUUUCCAUGAUGACGAGAGUGGUUUAAGAUCAAGGAAUGCAGGACUGUCUACUAAUAGCAAUCAGAUUGAGGCAGAAUGGAUUGAACAGUAUGAACCUGGUGUCUAUAUAACACUUGUUGCGCUGCGCGACGGAACAAGAGAUUUGAAGCGAGUUCGUUUCAGCCGGAGAAGAUUCGGAGAGCAUCAAGCAGAGACUUGGUGGUCAGAGAACCGGGACAAGGUAUACGAAAGGUACAAUGUUCGUAGCGCAGACAAGUCUUCCAACCAACCGGGGGCGCCACAUAGGACAGAAGGUGCUGGUUCUCUUGUUUCCCAAUCAUAGGAGAAGUAGAUAUGGAAGCAAAGUCCUGCAUUAACUCUAGGAUUGGAAAUGAGUCGAGCUGUUCGACAUGAGCUCAUGGCUUGGCUAGCAUUAGGCGCGACUCAGCCCGUGUACUAAAUGAACUACGCUUAGGCUUUUUGAAAAGCUUGUUUAGCUAAACAGCUUGGGUCGUAGACCUCAAAAAAAGCCUAUAAAGUCCAAUAGGCUAGCUCGUUUAAGGUAUAUGUAUAAUAUAUUGGUAUUAUAAUCAUAUUAUGAUAUUAUACAAUUUUUUUUUAUCCUUCUAAA